UUUAGCUGCCUCGCCUUCUGAAUCUAGAUUCUAGAGGGACGUAUGUUCAGCUGCUUCGCAUUCUGAAUCUAGGGUUCCUCGCUCCAGAACCUGGUUCUUCUCACGCCUCGCCUUGGCACUUCCGGUACAGUAUCGGUUGCCUCCUCGCUUGCCGAUGGUGAUUCUAGUCUCGUCUUAGUCGCCAACGCAGAGCCGUGCUCUCCCUUUUGAGGCGCCUCAAAAGCAGAGCCGUGCUCUCCCUUUUGCGCUUCGCGGACGGGAAUUCGUAGGCUCCUUUUUAAUGAUCGAAUAUUGCCUGUAGCAUUAUUGUGCGAUGGCCAAGAAAGAGAAGGACGCGUGCCGUAGGUGAUUUUCUAGUCCACUCUAAUUCCAGCUACGAAGGGGGAAGUGGACGUGCGUCGUUGGUGAUAUUUUGGCGCGGGCUUUAAUUGACCCGAGUUCCAGCCAUGACGAAGGAAGAGAAGUACGUGCGUCUUAGGUGACCUUUUCAUUCGAACUCAAGUUUCAAGAUUCAAGAAUCUCUAGUGGACUUGAAUGUCAGCCAUGAGGGAGGAGGAGGAGGACGUGUGCAGGAUUUGCCGCGCGCCGGCCGCGGACGGGGAUCCGCUGUACCACCCGUGUGCUUGUAGCGGGAGCAUCAAGUUCGUCCACCAGGGCUGCCUGCUGCAAUGGCUGCACCACAGCAACAAGACGCACUGCGAGGUGUGCAAGCGCGCGUUCAUCUUUUCCCCCAUCUACGCGCCCAACGCGCCGUCCCGCCUCCCCCCGAACGAGUUCCUCGCGGGGGCCGCGCUGAUGGCGGGGAAAGCCGUCUUCUUCGUGCUGCGCGCGGCCCUGAUCGCGUUCGUCUGGCUCCUGCUCGUCCCUUUCCUCACCAGCUCUGUCUGGCACUUGUGUUUUCUGCGCGAUUGGACCAGAAUCGGGGGUGUGUUCAGGGAGAGGAUGACUGGUGCGGCGCUCUUUCAGGACUGCGUGCUGGGGAGUGUGCUCUCUGCGGCGGUGAUUCUGUUCUUCCUGAGUUUGUCCUCGUUAAGAGAGUACCUCGCGCAGUUGUUAGAGCAGCAGAUUGAGGGGGAGGAGGGGUUUGAAGUGGGUGUGGGGGGUGGGGAGGAGGAGGGGGAGCAGGGAGCGCUUAUGGCACACGGGCAGCAGGUUCAGCAGGGGCAACAGGGGCAACUGCAGGGGCAGCAGGGGCAACAGGGGCAGCAAGGGCUGCAGCAGAGGCGGCAUCAUCACCAUCAUCACCAUCACCAUCACCACCACCACGAGCACCAGCAUCAGCACCACCACCAUCACCAGCACCACCAGCACCAGCGCCACCAGCUGCACCGUCACCAGCACCAGCCGCCCCCCCCUCCACCACCCCCUUUACAACAGCAAGCACAGGGAGAGCCACGGAUAAGACAAAAUGGGGAAGAGGGAAGGGGGGGAAGGGGGGCUCUAGGUCCGCCGCCUCCGCCUCCUCCGCGCCCGUUUCCCCCUCCGCCUCCCCCUGUGGUUCCACCCCAGGGGACUCCCCCCCUCCCCGCUUCCUCUGGGCGACCAUUCUCGUUCAGCGGCCAUGCAGCUGGCCCUGCGACUGGGGCUGCGACUGGGCAUGCGACAGAGCCUGAAAUAGAGCCUGCGACUGGCCCUGCGACUGACGGCCAGCCGUUUGUGUUUGGCGCCAAUCCGUCCGCCCAGGAGACCCCUCGCUGGCCGAAAUUCUCCCUACGGGAAGCAGGGGAGGCGUGGCAAGCGGCACCAGGGCAGUUUGGCAAGGUCAAAGGCCGUGGAAGUGGGAGCGGAGAGGGGAGCUCCGGAGUGGAAGGGAGAGGAGGGAGAGAAGGCUCGGAGGGAGGAGGGAUAGGGAGGGAAGGGGCGGAGAGGGACGAGGCUGGGAAGGAAGGGGCAGAGGAAGGAAGUGCGCCUGUGCUGGAUAAUGGUUCUGGAGAUGGUGAGGGCGAGGCGGAUAAUGGUGCAAGCAGCGGAGGGGCUUGGAGGUGGUCGGGGAUGAGGGAUGCUGUGGAAGAGGGGAGCACUGCGCGGAAGGGGGGUGGCAGCGGAGGCGGGGAGAGAGGGGGUGGGAGUAGUAAGCUAGGUGGGGGGAGUGCGGGUGAGGGCGGGCGAGUGGGUGGGGGAGAGGGGGGGGGGGAAGAUGCGAGAGAGGGCGGACAAGUAGGGAGAUUGAGAGUUGGGGAGGAAUCAGUGGGGCGGGGUAUUGACGGUAGAGAUGGCACUGGCAAGGGUAAAGGAGUGGAGAGGGAUGGGGAUGGGUCGGGAGGUGGUGUGCGGGAGGAGGGGGCGGAUGGGGAGGGGAGGAGGGCGCAGGGGAGUGCGUGGGGGAAUGAGAGGUAUGGAGAUGGGGAGCUUAGUGAAGGGAGUGAGGAAGAGGAGGAGGAGGAGGAGGAGGAGGAGGAGGAGGAGGAGGAGGAGGGGGAGGGGGAGGAGGAGGAGGGGGAGGGGGAGGAGGAGGAGGAGGAGGAGGAGGAGGAGGGAAGUGAGGAUUAUCACGAUGAGGAGGAGGAGGAGGAGUAUGAGGAAGAGGAGGAGGAGGAAGAAGAGGAAGAGGAAGAGGAGGAGGAAGAGGAAGAAGAGGAGGAAGAAGAGGAGGAGGAAGAGGAGGAUUUCGAGGAGGCGGAAGGGGGGAUGGUGGAGGGGGAAUUGGACGAGGAUGGCGAGCCGAUGGACGAUUUGGGGUUUGAGGAGCUCAUAGGGCUGCAGGGACCUCUGUGGCGGCUGUUUGAGAACGCCACCACGGUCCUCUGCAGCAACUUCUUUGUGCUCGUGCUCGCCUUCUUCCUCCCUUUCAACAUCGGCCGCCUGUACAUCGCGCUCUUCUCCUUCCUCUUCCUCUCACCCGCCUCCACCGUCUCCCUCGUGCCUCUCUACUCCCUCCUCCUCGGCCCGCCCUCUCUCCCCCUCCCCACCCCCCAACCCCUCCCCUCCCCUUCCUGCAUCCCGCCCAUCUACCCCACCUAUCUCAACGCCUCAAACCUUUUCACCCACUUGGCCUUCUGCCCGCUGUCCUCUCGGCCUCUGUCUUCUGGUGAAAGGAAUCUCCCCUUCUGUGCGUAUGAGCACAAGGGUGAGCAUGAGUAUUCCUGGGAGUCGUAUCUCCCUCCGCCUUUCGCACGAGCGUCUAAGUCCUUUCUGCAGCUGCACAGCCGGAGGGGGCAGAGGUUAGAGGACGAGCAGUGGAACAAGAGUAGAGAGGCAGUGGGUGGGUUGGUGGGGAGUGCAGGGGCGAUUGCAGAGCGUAGGGCGGAAAGUGCGGCUGGAGGGAAGCACGGUGUGGUGCACAGUGGGGACUGCAGUAGCUCUGCUCGUGAUAGCCCUCAUGCCAGCAGCAAUGAUAGCACCAGCAGCAGGACCAACAGCAACGACAGCAGCAGCAGCAGCAGGAGCAGCAGCAACGACACCAGCAGCAGCAGCAGCAGCAAGGUUUCUUGGCUCAAAUCCACCCCUCCCGCCACCACCACCGCUCCCACAACCCCCACUACCGACCUCCCCACCACCACCACCCUCCUCUCGCACCUCCUCCACCUCUCCUCCGCCCACCUCCUCUCCCUCUCCCACCAACUCGCCCUAGCAGCCGCGCUCUACUCCCAGUGGUGCUGCACCCUUCUAGGCCUCCGCUGGGCGGACUCAGGCCACGGGUUGGCUGCAGGGAACCUGGUGUCUCUACUGGUGGGGUACGAGGUGGUGGGGUUCUGCUGCGCGCUCUAUGUGCUCGCGGCCAUCCAGCUGAGGAGAGCCCGAGGGCUGCCGCUGGUGGGGGCUCUGCCCGCCACGCUGCUGGCGCUGCUGCAGGUGGCGCCGGCUAUACAAGAGCAUCUAGUGGGUGCUGUGAGGCACGGUCUAGUGGUUCUAAAGGUCACUAGUCUGCUAUCGGUCGAACUCGGCGCCUUCCCGUUCCUCUGCGGCUGGUGGAUCGACUUCUGCUCCCUCGCUCUCUUUGGCGCCUCGCCCUCUGACCGCCUCACCUUGCUGCUGGCGCACCCGCUGCUCUGCUGCUUCCUGCACUGGUUCGUGGGGAUCCUCUACAUGUUACAAGUCAGCCUGCUGGUUACCAUCCUCAGAGAGAUUCUCCGGCCAGGGGUCCUGUCGUUCCUCAGGGAUCCCACGGACCCCAACUUCAACCCCUUCAGAGACCUGGUGGAGGACCCCAUCCCCAAGCACGCCCGCCGCAUCGUGCUCUCGCUGUUUGCAUACGGGGCGCUGGUCGUGCUGCUGCUCUUCCUACCCAUUAGAGCAGCUAUUGCCAUCGCCCCGAGCAUGUUCCCCUUCAACUACAGGUUCUCAGACCCCCUAAUGGAAAUACCUCUGGACAUGCUGCUCUUCCACGUGUGCAUCCCCUUUGCCAUCGACCGCCUGCGCCCCCGUGCCACCAUCAAGGCUGCGCUCGCCCUCUGGUUCCGUGCUGCAGCCCACCUCCUGCACCUGCAGCACUACCUGCUCCCCCCUCCUGCUACUCCCGGUGCUGCUGACGGUGCUGCUGCUGCUGGUGCCCCCCCUGCCCCUGCUGGUGCUGCUGCUGCUGCUGGUGUUGCCGGUGCUGGUGCUGCUGUUGGUGGUGGUGGUGCUGCUGCUGCAGCAGCUGCUGCUCCCCCUCCUCCACCACCGCCUGUAGCCUUUCGCCCUCCUCCCCCUCCUGUCGCGUUCCACCCUGCCGCUCCUCCCCCUCCCCCUCCCCUUGCCGUCCAACCCCCUCACUCCUCGUUAGCGCCUGAGUCCUCCAUUGUUGCACCACCUUCCCACGCUGAAACUCCCGCGGAUAGCCGUUUGGUCAACAGAAUUGCUGCUGCCGAAAGGGCAGCAGCAGCAGCCCUGGCGAGAGCAGCAGCAGUGCCAUCGCGAGGGACGAUCGCAUUUCGAGUAGAGGGAGACUCGGUAGAGGGAGGAGCAAGAGUAGCAGCAGCAGCAGCAGCAACAGCAGGGGCAGCAGGGGCAGCAGCUGGGAUAAGGUUUGGUUCGUAUAGCAGGGAAGUGGUCGAAGAGGAGGAGGAGGAGGGCAAGGAGGAGGAGGUGGAGGUGGAGGUGGAGGAGAGAGGGGAGAUGGGAAGAUUGAGGGAACGGGGAAAGGCGGUUGAGGUAGAGAGGGAGGAGGAGAGGGGGACGGCAGAGGGAGAAAGGGAACUGGAGGAGGUCGGGGAAAAGGAAGGGGUUAAUGCAACCAAUAACAGCCACAAAUACAGUGGCGGGAGCAGCAGCAAUGGCAGCAGCAGCAGCAGUGGGGUUGGCGUCGUCGACAGUAGCAGCAGCGAUGGGGGUGGAGGGGCGGGUGGGGGAGGGAGCAAGAAGGGGGACGAGCAUUUCCGGGUGCGGAUCGUGGCGCUGCUGGUGGUGGCAUGGGCGUCCCUGGCAGCAUUCAACACCGCCGUGGUGCUGCUGCCCGCGGCCGUGGGGCGAGGGGUUUUCUGCCUCUCUGCCUCCCUCCUCCCUAGUGCGGCUGACGACUCUCCCUGCAAUGAUCUCUAUUCCUUUGGCAUCGGCGCCUACCUCAUCUGGGGAUCUAUCGCAGCCAUGCGUGCUGCUGCCUUGCGGUUACCACGUAACAACCUGCGAGCGUUACUGCUGCCUCUGGUGCACUGGACUGCUGUGGUACUUAAAGCAGCGCUGCUGCUGCUGCUCUGGUUGGUGGUGGCCCCCAUCCUAGCAGGUCUGCUGGUCGAUCUAGCGGUCAUCAUGCCCAUCCGGGUGCCCAUCAACGAGUCUCCCCUGCUCUCUCUCUACCACGACUGGGCGCUCGGACUCAUCCUUCUCAAGCUGUGGGCCAGAAUAGUGACAGCCCAGAACCACCUGCUAGCCAAUCAAGAGUGGCGCGCACGCUUCGUUCGACUGCAGCAAGACGGCCUGCGAAACCUCAACGCCCGCCGCACCUUCCAGGAAAUCAUCUCUCCAGUCCUCCUCUUCCUCCUCACCGCGCUCACCGCUCCCUUCCUUACCGUCCGCACCAUCCUCCCCCUCCUGCGCCUGCCCCCUGUGCUUGAGUCUGCUGCGUUUCGGUUUGCUUGGAUCACUGCACUGGGGGUGGUGGGGACAGCGCGGGUGUGGCGGCGGGUGUGUGACUGGCUGGUGUCCCUGCACGACGCGAUUCGGGACGAUCGGUAUCUUGUUGGUCGGCGCCUGCAUAAUUUCCAGCAUCAGCGGUCUUCUGCUGCUGCUGCUGCUGCUGCUGCUGCUGCUGGAUUGUAGUAAUGGCUUUGUUUGACCCCGUCUCUCUUUGUACAAAAUGGUCGUUAUUGUUGUCCCGGUAAAUGCAUUCACACUCUACAGGGGCACUUCCAAAAGUCUAGUAGAUGAAUGAAACA